AUGGCGAAGCUCUCAAUUUUCGCAGCUACUCUCCUCCUCCUCCUAGCCAUCUCCAACGCCACCGUCUACCAAACCACCGUCAUCACCAGGGAUGAUGGGUCCGAAUUUGGGCAGUUCCAGGGGAGCCAGAGCCAGAGGUGCAGGCAGCAGAUACAAGGCCAGCAGUUCCAGCAGUGCGAACGGUACGUUAGGCAGCAAGCGGAGCAACAGCAGGGCGGGCAGGGUGACGUACUGAUUUUACGGGGCAUCCGAAACCAGCAACAACAGGAACAGCAGUGGCUCCGCCAGUGCUGCCAAGCGUUGCAGAACAUGGAUCAGCAAUGCCAGUGUGAGGGUCUCCGCCAGAUAGUGCAAAGGCAGCAGGGUCAGGGUCAGGGUCAGGGACAGGGACAGGGUCAGAGAGAGCAGCAGCAGGAGAUGAUGCAGAUAGCACAGAAGCUGCCGGAAAGGUGCGGCUCCGGACAAGCCUGCCAGAGCAUGCAAGUUGUCUGGUUCUAG